AUGCCGGGCACGCCCAAAUCCACACCGAAGAAGGCUGCGGCCUCGACGCCCGCCGGCUCGCCAUCCACGUCCACCCCGAGCCGCAUGACGCGCGCACAGGCACGCGCAUCGGGCGUCAAGGUCAAGACCCCCUCGCCACUCAAGAGCUCCUCGACCCCCAGAACGCCCAAGACGCCCAAGACACCCAAGGCGUCCAAGGCCCAGGAGGUUGAGAGCCCCAGUAAGACCAGCUCGCCCCGCAAGGUGUCGCCCAAGAAGUCGCCGUCGCCCGCAAAGGCGUCGCCGGGCAAGGUGCCUGCGAGCCACGCCAAGCUCGCGCGUAAGCCCACCUCGGCACUCGCUACCGCCCAGCCGAUCAAUGCUGAGGACUCGGAGGACGAGGAGGAGGACAGUGAUGUGGAGCUGCAGGAGGAGGAAGACGAGGAGGAGUCCGAUCUCGAGGACGGACAGGAUGUGUCGGAGAAGGGCAUGCAGCGUCUCAUGGCUGCACUCGGCGACGACGGCCUCGAUGAGGUCGACAUGGCCGCUCUCGACGAGCUUGCUGGUGACGAAGACGAGGAGGAAGACGAGGAGGAUGAGGACGAUCUCGAGGAGGAAGCAAAGGAGGACGACGAAGAGGACGCCGCCGAGGAGGUGGAUGAUGACAUCCCGCGCGUCAAGCCCAACGCAAACGGCGACACGCUCGCUGCCUCGAUCGCACGCAGUGGUCUCGUGCCCGUCGAGGAGUCUGACUCCGAUUCCGCCAACGAGGAGGAAGAAGAGGAAGAGGAGGAGGAAGACGAAGAAGAAGCGAUCGCAUACGAAGAUCUUCCGGACGACGUUGAGCUGUCGGAAGCGGCCAAGGCGUCACGCGUGCAGCGCAUCAAGGUGAACAACGAGGCAGCACUGCGGCGCAUCACUUCGGACAUCUCUCUCGACACGGCCACCUCGAAGCUUCCGUGGAUCGAGACGAUGCGCAUCGUCUACCCGUCCACCAUCUCCUCGACGGUUACGGAUGUGGAGAAUGACCUCGAGCGCGAGCUUGCGUUCUACAAGCAAGCGCUUCACGCUGCUGUCGAGGGCCGUAAGCUUGUCGAAUCAGCGGGCGUUGCAUUCUCUCGACCGUCGGACUACUUUGCCGAAAUGGUCAAGACGGACGAGCACAUGGAGCGCAUCCGACAGAAGCUUCUCGACGAGUCCGCGGCGAUCAAAGCGUCCGAAGCGGCCAAGAAGCAACGCGAGCUCAAGAAGUUCGGUAAAAAGGUGCAGGUGGAGAAACUGCAGGAGCGCAUUCGCAACAAGAAGCAACUCAACGAACGCAUUGCCGGUCUCAAGCGCAAACACGGCGAUGUUGACGAUGACGAGGACCAAUUCGACGUGAGGUUGGAAGAAGCUAUUGGUGACCAACCCAAGUCUGGCAAGCCGCAACAGCAGAGGAAGGGUAGGGAGGCCAGUGGCAAAGCCAAAAUGCCCCGAACAGCAAGAGAUGCAAAGUACGGAUUUGGAGGCAAGAAGAAGUACUCGAAAAGCAAUACCGCCGAAUCGACCAAUGAUUUCAGCUCCGGUCCCACCAGAGGUGCAAGGGGGUCAAAGCCAAAGAUCUCCGGCAAGGCUGGAUUUCGACCAAAGCAAAAAUCGGGCGCGGCAAAGAGACCAGGUAAAGCCCGUCGUGCCGGUCACUAA